AUGAGAGCCUUGUUAGGCCUUGUUAUUGGCGGAGUUACUUCGAUUGCCCCGACAAUGUUGAUUGAAACUGCUCCUGAAGGGCUUACUGGAUUUUUCGGUAACUUAAAUCAAGUCGGUUGCGUUAUUGGUAUCGUUAUCAUGUAUUUACAAGGAAAUUGGACCGUAAACGUUACGAAAGGAUUUUCGAAAUGGUGGUCACUAGAAAUUACAUGCGCAACUCUUAAUAUUAUUGGAGCAGCAUUGAUAUGGCUUUGUCCGGAGACAUCUUCUCUUUCAAAAAACGACGUUAAAAAAGAUAAACCUCGAGAAAGCAUUUGCCAAAAGAAAUACAUAGGUAAAAUCUUUGUAGGCAUAGGAAUGAUGUUUAUACAGCAGUUUUCUGGUAUCAACGCCAUUCUUACAAAUCUUGAUGAUAAUUUUCGAGAAGUUGGAGUUCCUCUUGACUCAGGAGUUGCAUCAGCAAUAUCUGUAGCUGCCCAAUUCAUUGCUGUUUUUGUCUCAGGAUUUCUUGUUGACAAACUUGGUCGUCGACCAUUAUUUUGUUUAUCUUGCUUCGGUUGUGGAGCAACACUUGUUAUAUUUGCACUUAAUUACAAAUACAAUUGGGCAAAUUGGAUCUCAAUUGUUGUAAUUUUUAUUUAUAUGUUCUUCUUUGGUGCUGCAUUAGGUCCAGUUCCAUGGUUUAUAAUCCCUGAGCUAUUUCCUAUUACUGUACGAUCGAUUGGUGCAUCAAUUAUAUCAAUGGCCAAUCAAUUAUUUUCUUUUACCGUUAUUUUUAUAUUUCCAUGGCUGAAAGGAACAACAGAUGAUCAAGGAAAUAUCACAUCAGGAAUAGGAUUAACAUGGACAUCAAUUGUCUUCGCAAUUAUCACGUUUCUCGGUGGAAUUUUUGGAUUCUUCUUUAUAAUUGAACCAAAAAUCACUGCAGAACCACUUGAUAACGAAGAUAAUCAAGAAGGCCAAAAUGGAGAAGAGACCUCUACCCAAAUUAAUGUGCAAAAUGUUCCAGAACACGAAGAUCCUUAA